GCAGAGCGGGGUGAAAGCGCAGCUUCCGGCGUGCCGGGGUUUGUCCUCUGCAAGUUUUCCUCGGGGCCUAUGGUCACCCUGCCUUGCUUGCCUUUAGGCUAUUAUCUGCAGAACGCAAGUGCCCCUGAGUGCAGUCGUAGUGUCACGGCCAGAAACAAGGUGUUCCCGAAACAUUGCUGCUUUCCAGUAUGAAGUUUUUUAGUGACCAUGUAAAACUCGCGUAUGGUUGACCUACUUAGUGCAUAAAUAGUAUCCUCUGACAACGGAAGGACACAAAUGAAAUGUUAAACCCACUCAGCUCUCUCAAGGAACAGUCAUUCGCCAUGUGUUACUAGUGAACACUUCAUACGUUUCUGCAACUGAGAAACCGAAUUUUCAGCCUAAGUGUUAGAAAUGUAGUUAGUACCAUUAGGGAAGAUAUAAUAGUUACCGUGUAUCCGCUUACUGCAGGAUCUUGACGAGCCUGAUUCGUUGAACUACUGGCUGUAACUUUUAAUGACAACAGUUGUAAAUGCUACAUGUUGAUUUUUCAGUUAAGCGAAUUUGAGUCAAGAGCGGGUAAGAUGGUUCAGCUUGUAAAUGAAUUACUGCCAAGCCUGUGGACUCUUGGUCAAUCCUCAGGACCCAUAUGGCAGGAGGAGACAAAUGCCUCCUACAGGUUGUUCUUGGACGUUCAGUUGCAGUGCUGAGGACUGCGUGCCCACACAUACACACACAAAAGUGGAAAUAUGCCUUGAAGUCGGAGCAGGGUCUGGUGUGGUGUCUGCGUUCCUGGCCUCCAUGAUAGGUCCUCAGGCCUUGUACAUGUGCACUGAUAUCAACCCCCAGGCAGCCGCAUGUACCCUGGAGACGGCACACUGUAACAGAGUCCACCUGCAGCCAGUAGUUACAGACUUGGUCCAAGGCUUGCUGCCCAGAUUGAAGGGGAAAGUUGAUCUGCUGGUGUUUAACCCCCCCUAUGUGGUGACUCCGCCUGAAGAGGUAGGAAGUCACGGAAUAGAAGCAGCUUGGGCUGGUGGCAGAAAUGGCCGGGAAGUCAUGGACAGAUUCUUCCCGCUGGCUUCAGAACUCCUCUCCCCCAGAGGGCUAUUCUACUUAGUUACCAUAAAAGAAAACAAUCCAGAAGAAAUUUUUAAAACACUGAAGACAAAAGGUCUGCAAGGGACCACAGCACUUUGCAGGCAAGCAGGCCAAGAAAUCCUGUCAGUCCUCAGGUUCAGCAAGUCCUAGUGUCCUGAGAGCCACCAGAAUGCCCGAGAACUGCCUGAAGCAGCUGGUUCAAGAAAGUUUAUCAGGAAUGUGUCAUAAAGAAAAAGAUGGAGCCAGAGUGGUCAUGGCACAUACCUUUGAUCCGAACACUCAGGGGAGGCGGAGACUGAUGGACCUGAGUUCAAGGCCAGCCUGGUCUACGGAGUGAGUUCCAGGAUAACCAGGACUGUUACAAAGAGAAACCCUGACUCAGGAGGAGCAAAAAAAGAAGAAAAGGUGAGGACUGGAUAAAUGGCUAAGAGGUUAAGAGCACGGCUGCUAGUGCAGAGGAUUGGAGUCCAAUUUUCAGUGGCUCACAGCCACCCAUAACUCCAGUUUCAGGGGAUCCUGGCCUUUUCUGACCUUCAGGAUACCAGGCACACAUGUGGUAUUACAUACAUAAUGCAAAACACGCAUACAAAGAAAACAAACCUGAAAAAUAGAAACAGUUAAGCUCGGGCAUUUUGUUUUCAGGGACUCAAGUAUGUGGGUAUUUCUGUAUGCUUGCAAGCAAAUGUGUAUCUUCUUAUUUAUAGUUUACAUUUUAUGUUAUAUUUAUAUAUGAAAGAAUGUUUGAUUUAGCAUUAGCUAUAAUAGCAAAGUAAUUUAACCACCCUAAAAGUCCAUCAGAAAGGACACUGGUCAAAAUAAAACUCAUCUAUCCAUUCCACUGAACAUACAGCCGUAAAACGAGUCAUGUGUAGACCCUGAACCAGAUGGCAGCCGGUCACAACAGAGCGCACAGAGGAAGCUGCAGAUGAAUCUCACCCUGUAUAGACCGCUCUGAGAACCCUUCCAAAGCAGUGUAUUGAUGUGCGUACAUGACAAAGCCUGAGGGUAAACUGCAGGAAUAAAAGAACGUUCACUCUUAUGGUGGCAUUUGUUCUACACAAUGGUAAUAUGAAACAAUUACAGUGGAUUAUCAUACACAAUAUGAUAAAAGCGUAAAUGCAGCGUUUAAUAGGUGUGGUUUAACUCUUUGAACAAGAUAACAUCAUUUAUGACUGCUACCAGGUAUUCAUCAGGAAGGUGCCUUUUUCUCUAUAGUUAUUCAUAAAAGCCCACCAGAGGCCAGU